CUUAUCUUCUUCCCUGAAUCUCUCUGUUACUCCUUCUCUACAAUGUCUUCUUAUUACUAUCCCCCUAAUUCGUCUAUUUCUUCAUCUAACCCUCUAAUCCCUUCUAUCUAUUCCCAUUUAUCCAAAUCCAUAGAGAUGAAAGUUGUUCCUGAUAAUCCAACUUAUAGUGAGUUCACUACAGCUGGUAUCAGAGCGGUCGAUUCUCCGACCGCUAUGAUGGCCGCUGCAACAACUAAAGCUUCACAAGCAGAAGCAGAAAUUGAAGAAUUAACCACUAGGGUUGAUAUCUUAGAACAAGAUACAUAUGAAGCCAGACAAGCAUUAUACAGUGUAUUAUUUGAUUUGAAAAUGAAGUAUAUACGUCUAAUCUGGGAUAGGAAUUCACCAGAUCGUAAUUUUUAAUCUUCUACAAAUUGAGUCUUUCAUUUCCAUCGCGGAGAAGAAGUUGGAAUCAUUACAAGAGGCUGGGGAUAUGGAACCUACGGAGAUGGAGGAUGAGAUUGUCAUAGAAUAAGUGAUAGUUGAUUCAAGUUCAGCUCGUAAUUUCACUCAACGAUCUUCAAAUCCACCAGUAUCGGAUGAAGUUUUAGGUUUUUCUCCAACAAUAGAUUAUUCUAACGGAUCUGGUGAAUCGAAGAUGGCCGAGGACGAAAUUAUUGCCAAAUUGAAAUCAAUUUCACUCGAUUCAGGUGCAGAUUCAAGUUUAGAAACGGUAUUCUCUCAAAAUUUUAGUGCAACAGAUGAAGCAUCAUACUUACACGGUUGAAGUGAAGAAUUAUGAAAAUCCUUAUUACUUAAGGGAGUUGUUCUAUCUCUAGCACAAAUUACACUGUCAGGAUUAUUCUUAUCUUCUCUGGGUCGACAUUCGCUCUUUAUUAGAUCGUGGUAAGUGCUCAGCUACAUCUUCGAAUUCUUAUGAGAAAUUGAUUUAUCCACUGUUACAUGUCUUGAGGUAUCAACCAGAUUUUAGUCUUGCACCAUCUAUCAUUUCUGUGUUUGUUAAUGAUACUCUUAUUAAAGAGGAAAUAUUUGGUCCAAUUUUAUUGGUGAUUACAAUGGGAAAAUUGUUUAUGGAAUGGUUCUGAAUCUUGUGUACCAAUCAGACUCAAGGUUUAUGAACUCAAUUGUGUUUUUAGUUGUUAAAAAUUGUGACAAUUGUGUUGAUAGAGGAAGAAUGGGUGAAACCAUACUGUGGAUUUCUCGUUUGAAGGUUUUAAUGCUUCAUGUUUGAUCUUAAUUCAUGUUCUCCAUAAGUACACGAGAAUGAUGGAUUUAGGAUCAGGUCUUAUUUGUGCAAGUAGUGAAGAAUAUUCCUAUGAUGUCCUGGUUUUUGAUGGAAAAGUAAUUGAUAGGGGGAAGUUGUUUGGCUCGACAAGGAUGUCUCAUUAUUAUGCAGAUGGUGGAAGUGGUGAUGCUAAGAAGUUGCCUGAUGAUGAUAUUCUCUGGAUCAUUCAAUCGAGUCUCCAAAGGCCAAGGCAAGAUGAAUAUGGCAUGAAACAAGACACUUUUGAUCGAUUGCUUAUGGAAGUUUUUAAGUGCAAGUUCCUUUCACUCAAGAUGUUGGCUAUCAUUUACUGUGGUUUCUAAGAAUUGCAGCAGUGGGUUCUAUUUUAUCUCAUGUUUAUGAUGGAUGGGAAUGAUGGUGCUUGGUUGAGGCGAUUUAUCAGGACCUAUCAUACAUCGCGUAUAAAAAUAUCCUUUCAAGGCCCAAUUGCUCAACUGCAGAUGAAAAAUUGCAGGCUUCGUAUAAAAAUGACAGCGAUCGGGAAUGUGUUCAUAGAGUCAGUGACAUCCACGAAUAGAUGCAGUAUGUUACUACUAUGGAAGCUCGUCGUUCUCAUUGAGUACAACUUUUUGUUUUUCAAAUGGAUUAUCAUGGAGUUACUUAGAUUUAUGGUCUCUGGAGCUGGUGGUAAGAAUGUUAGCUACGACAAGAAUCACCUGGCACAGCCUCAGAAGGGCGCUUAUGUGAAGAUAAAAGCAAGUAGGAAUCAAUUUAUGAGUUAUUGUGGCUGUGAGGUUCUCAAGUUGAGGUUCAAAAAAAUCCAGCAUUAUCCACUUGUGUUUAUAGUACCUAAAAAGUUUAAACUGCGAAUAGUAUUGCAUAACAGGGCUAUAGGAGCUAAUGAAGUUGUUUUUGGUACUGUACCUGGUGUAGACAGACGAGUAAUAGCUUUGUGGUUACAAGACAAGGUUGAAGAUGGUGGUAAAUGGAGUGAGCUGGACAGUAUACUAAAGACGCAGUUAGAGUUUAUGACACUCAUUUCAGGUUUAAGUAGUGAUGGACAUGACAGUGAGGAAAUGUCAGCUCUUGCUUCAUGUAGUGUUGGUGAUGAAAGUGGAGAAAUAUCAGCUCGUGCUUCAGGGAUUUUCUGCGAUACUUCGCUAAUUGCUGGUUGUGGAGCUAUGUGGGGCUACGUAGGUGAGAGCGUUUACACAUCUAAUUAUAGAAGUGCAGCUGACUGCAUCCCAGCUACACCAAUUCUUAUGCACAGGUUCAGAGGUAGGGUCAUAUUGAUGGUUCUAUUCAAGGGUCAUGCGAACAUCUGUUGUCACCAAUGUUCCUGGAAAAUAAUGAAAAUGAGGAUACACAAUGCGAUUUCUGUUCAUGCCUGCAAAGCCGUCACCUCUACUGUUUCUGGGAGUUUCAGUUUUAAAGAAAUAAGCACAAGAGAGAGAGUCGUGUCUUGAUUGAUUUUGGUAUAACUAUGAAUACUGUGGUCUAUAUUUUCCUUACAGGCUACAAUUCUUUAUGCUAGUUUUGUUACAACAGAAGAACCAUCAUCCUUCAGAUACUAUCAGUGAUUCAGUAUACAAACACUUCUUGCAUGCUCAGUGUACAACAAAAGGCAACCUAUAUAGAGGGGUAUUUUCUUACUGCAUCAUUCUUAAAUGUGCUUGUACAAUCAGUUGCAGCGCCAAUUUUGAAGUGGGGACGAAGUCAAAUUCUUAUUGUAGUGGCAGUAGCUGGAUCUGUCGUGAUCGAGAGUGUUUCCUAUCCUCCAUCCUUGAGGACAAGGAUGAUUUGGAGGGGUGGGUAUUUGUCAUAGACCAACUUUCUGAGUGCCUUUCUAUUUUAUAAUUCUUGAUAGAGGUGCCCUUAGAUUGUCAUCGGGUGCCUAAACCCCAUGUCACACGGUUGACAUGCUUGCAGUGUGUAUUAGUAUCCUUGUUUUUCCUUGGAUACUCUUUAGCUAAUGAAUAAUGUGAAACUUAUAUUAUUCCCCGAA